UAGGAUGGGAAGGCGAUUGCACGGAGAAAAGCCCUUGCCUCUUGCAGCCGGAGCCCCUGGGGCAGCUUGCAAGGAAUCAAACAUUUAACGCAUGGCAGUAAAGCGUGGCAGCACGAAACUAUAAAACUAGCUGCUCGGAAUGCCCCGAGGGAAUAAACGGCUCCUCCCCGGUGCGAAGGGUAGAGCCAGGGCGGCACCUGAGGACGAUGGGCCCCUUUCUCCAGGCACCGCCUACCUGGACGAUGAAGUGCAGGGCUCAAGAGUUUGAAGGACUCCCGGCCUCUCGCUCUCCUCCCUCGGCACCAUGGCUCCCACCCUGGCAACAGCUCACCGGCGGCGAUGGUGGAUGGCUUGCACGGCCGUGGUGGAAAACCUCUUCUUCUCUGCUGUCCUCCUCGGCUGGGGCUCUCUGCUCAUCAUGCUCAAGUCCGAGGGCUUCUACUCCUACUUGUGUUCCCUGCCAGAGAACGUCACCGGCUCCGAGGCUGCCUCAGGGAACCAGAGCACGGCCCCGACCACGGAGCCCGUGGUGCGCAUGAACAACUGGCUGAUCUGCAAGGAGCAGGACGAGAUGCUGAACUUGGCCUUCACGGUGGGCUCCUUCCUGCUGAGCGCCAUCACCCUCCCGCUGGGCAUCGUCAUGGACAAGUACGGCCCGCGCAAGCUGCGGCUGCUGGGCAGCACCUGCUUCGCCAUGUCCUGCGUGAUGAUCGCCUACGGGGCCAGCAACCCGGACUCGCUGUCGGUCCUGAUCUUCAUCUCGCUGGCCCUGAACGGCUUUGGGGGCAUGUGCAUGACCUUCACAUCACUCACACUGCCCAACAUGUUUGGCGACCUUCGCUCCACCUUCAUUGCCCUCAUGAUCGGCUCGUACGCCUCCUCGGCGGUGACCUUCCCUGGGAUCAAGGUGAUCUAUGACUUCGGCGUCUCGUUCAUCCUCAUCCUGGUCGUUUGGGCGUGCUGUGCAGGGCUGGUCUUCCUCAACUGCUUUUUCAACUGGCCCCUCGAACCAUUUCCGGGCCCAGAGGACAUGGACUACACGGUGAAAAUCAAGUUCAGCUGGCUGGGGUUCGACCACAAGAUCACCGGCAAACAGUUCUACAAGCAGGUGACCACCGUCGGCCGCCGCUUGAGCGUGGGCAGCUCCAUGAAGAGCAAGGAGGCGGCGGCCCUGCAGGAGGGCCACAAGCUGUGCCUCUCCACCGUGGACCUGGAGGUCAAGUGCCAGCCGGACAGUGCAGCGUCCCCGUCCUUCCUGCAGAGCGUCGUCAGCCCCAUCUUGCUGCUGAGCCUGAUCACCAUGUGCGUCACGCAGCUGCGACUCAUCUUCUUCAUGGGCGCCAUGAACAGCAUCCUGGAGUUCCUGGUGGACGGCGAUCUGGAGACAGUGAGUCUUUACUCCUCCAUCUUUGGAGUCCUGCAGCUGCUUUGCCUGGUGACGGCCCCCGUGAUUGGGUACAUCAUGGACUGGAAGCUGAAGGAGUGCGACAGCCCCGAAGAUGUGGACCAGGGCGAGGCCUGCCCGAGCGGCAAGAAAAAGCCCCGUGACCGGCAGAUUCAGAAGAUUCUGAACGCCACCAGGGCCUUUGUUUUCACCAACCUGCUGUUAGUGGGCUUCGGGGUCACCUGCCUGAUUCCCAACCUGCCUCUGCAAAUCCUCUCCUUCAUCCUGCACACGAUCGUGCGAGGCUUUAUCCACUCGGCCAUGGGCGGCCUCUACGCAGCCGUGUACCCCUCCACGCAGUUCGGCAGCCUGACGGGCCUGCAGUCUCUCGUCAGCGCCCUCUUUGCGCUUCUGCAGCAGCCCCUGUUCCUCGCCAUGAUGGGGCCCCUGGAAGGAGACCCACUUUGGGUGAACGUGGGGCUGCUGGGGCUGAGCAUGCUGGGGUUCUGCCUGCCCGUCUACCUGGUCUGCUACAGACGGCGGCUGGAGCGGGAGAAGCAGCAGAAGAGCGAGGAUGCGAAGCUGUUCCUCAAAAUCAACGGCACGCCAACCCAGGAGGCCUUCGUCUAGGCCCUGCGCGGAGACUCCCCCGGGCGGCAUCGCUCCCACUGGUGCUGCUUCGGGCCCUCGGCCGGGGCGGUGGCUCGUGUGGGGGCAGCCGCCGCCGGGCCGGAAGGCGCUCGCCAUUCCAGCCGGCGGCAGGGCCUCACUCCGCUCCCUUCCAAGCUCCCUUCCAUUCCAGUCUCCAGCGGCCAUGGCACCCCCUUCACUGCUGCUCGCCUCGGGGGCGCGGCCUCGCUCGGGGGCCCCGCUUCCCCAUGGAAUGGAUCGGACCCGGACUGCCAAUGUUUCUUCCUCGGUUGCCUUGAAUUGUGGGAGGACUGCUUCCCCCGCCAUGACAGCUCGGCCCGGAUCUGUGCGGGACACAGAUCUCCUCCUGGCUGGCCCCGCGCCCCGGCUCCCCCUGGGGUCCCGAGGCAGCUGCCUUGUGGGAGCCACCCGCCACGUGGAUGCCGGCGGUCCAGCGGAGGAGGUGGCCCCCGCGGCCAGAAAUGCACUGUGACCGGAAGUGAAUGUACGGGCCCCUCUGUGCUGCGCAGGGGGGCUCCCCGCUCGGCCCUGCCCUUCGGCCGUGCCACAGGCGGGGCCGUGGCACUGCUUACUCCUGAAGGCCAGCGUCCUCGCAGGCACGGAGGGCCGGCGUGUCCUUCGUUUCGAUGUUGCUGGAGAGUGUGGGUGCGGGUGGAAGAGGCAGGGCCAGAGGUCCAGCUGGCCUGGAACCCGGCUCCCUGCCCCACCCCACGGGCUGUGCUUCUGCUCCCACCCACGUGAUGGGGGCUUGCCAGGCCGAGCGUCCCCAGGAUGAGGCCGCGUUCAGCGUGGGGUGGCUGCUGGCCCGAGCACGCCGACCACGGAGCGAGACCUGGGCUGCUGCUUGUCCUGGGAGGCAGGUGCUGGACCAUGCGAGGCCUUUCGGGAGGGGCGGCCUGCCCUGGCCUCCAAAGCAUGUGUCAGCCCGGGGCCGUGUGGGCCUUUCUGUCCCCUCCUGCCCCGCCGCAGCCUCCACACAGGAGGGAGAACAGGUGGCCCGGGCCCGGAUCGGGCGCCCCCGCCAUGCUUCCAGGGCUGCUUCCUCACAGCUGCCGCCACGGCCCUUGUGCUCCUCUCGGGUCUGUUCUUGUGAUGCUCCUCACGCCCUGACCACUGCUCUUUGAGAAACUCCCGCUAAGGGAAGCUGCGGGACAGGAGCGGCCCUUGCCGUAGUGAUUUCGUGGCUCUGAGGCCCCCAUCCUGCCUGGCCCCCUAGCGCCCCACUGCCAGGAACUCGGUGAAGCAGGUGUGCCCUCGGUCCCCUGGGCCAGGGCCUGCCUGCUCCUCGCGGGUCUGUGCCAGCACUGAGCCCCCUGCGCGCUCUCACACAUUGAAUAAAUGGAUUUUUAAAACGC